AUGUUCCGAUCAGCCAAGAGACGAGCACACCAACUUUUGACUCCGCCACGAUUGGCGAAUGCACACAGCAGCAGACACCUCGCCCCUCCCACCCUGCAGCAGCAGCAGCAGCGAUGGUACAGGGCAGUACCUCCUGCAGCCGCUCCCGUGAACCUUAACGUCAUGUUCGGGUCGCAGACGGGCACAGCCAUGGGCUUUGCGCAGCAGCUGGGCAAAAUGGCGCGUAAGAAGAGCAUCAAGGCGAGGGUGGUGGACCUGGAGGAGUUCGAACCCGCGGACAUGCUCGGCAAGCCUUCUGAGGUGUACGUGUUCGUCCAAGCCACGUUUGGUCAGGGUGAGGGAACCGACAACGCGAAAGGCUUCUUCGAGUGGCUAAAAGCGAAUGAGCGGGAAGACGACAAGAGCAGGUUCUCACCUUUGCGCUUCGCCGUUUUCGGUCUCGGCAUGAGCCAGACGUAUCCGGCGCGGUACCAAGCUGCAGCCAAGUGGGUGGAGAAGCGAAUGCUGGAGUUGGGAGCGCAGGAGAUCGUGGAGAGAGGUGAGGGUGACGACAAUGGAGACAUCGAGACCAACUUCGAGGAAUGGGUGGACAAGCUCUUCCCCAAGCUGCAAGAGCUCGACGACACCUCUUCGGCGUCAGAGAACAAGGAUGUGGGAGCACGCACGACAACUGCGGCCGCCGUCGAAGAGGAGAAGCUGUUCUCGUUGAAGGUGCUGCCGCGUACGGAUGUGAAGCAACUCGCCGCAAGUAGGCCGUUCGAUCCCACCAGAGCGGUGGACAUCAGAAAUCCCUAUCCUGCGCCUCUGCUCACGAAAGUGGAGCUGCACACACAGACGUCGACGCGAUCUUGCAAGCACAUUGAGCUGGACAUCAGUAACGCGCCAAACAUGCGCUAUAUGACCGGAGAUUACCUGGGCGUCUUUCCUCGCAACCAUCCGGAGCUGGUCACUCAGUACGCUGAGCGGUUGGGCCUUCCGCUGGACACCGUGAUGGACUUCAACGUCAAGCCCGAUACCAAAGUCACACUCCCAUUUGCCACGCCGUGCACACUCGGCACGUACCUCGCGCACUACGCCGACCUCUCGGCGCCCCUCAAGAAGGCCCACCUCUCCAGCCUGUUGCCUUUCGUGGCAAGGCCUGCAGAGAAAGAGCAGCUGGAGUCAGUCAUAGCGGACAACGAGGUGGUCAAGCGCAUGGUCGACGAGGAGCAGAUUCUUCUGGACGUCAUGAACCGCUACGCGUCGAUCGAUGUUCCGCUGGGUGGCUUCGUCGAGCUCGCGCCUCCGCUCCAGCCCCGCUAUUACUCCAUCUCCUCCUCCGAUCGAGUGCAUCCUCAGCACAUCCACCUGACUGUCGGCCUGACGCAGCAUAAGACGCGCGCGGACCGGUUGCACCGGGGAGUGUGCUCCGAUUACCUGUGCAAUCGCGUCGAGGUCGGCGAUAGAGUGCCGAUCUUCGUGAAGAACUCCUUGUUCAAGCUGCCCGAUUCGUCACACCCCAUUGUGAUGAUCGCCGCCGGCACAGGUCUGGCUCCGUUCAGGGCAUUCGUGCAAGAUAGGACGUACCUCCACGACCACGAAGGCAAGAUGCUGGGCGGCACGGUACUCUACUUCGGAUGCUACCAUCAGGACCAGGAUUUCCUCUACCGCGACGAGCUGGCCAAGGAGAUCGAUCGCGGCAACUUGCAGCUCGUCACGGCAUUCUCCCACGCCCAGGAGGAGAGGGUGUUCGUGCAGCAUAAGCUGAUGCAAAACGCCGACCGGAUUUGGCACCUGAUCCACCACGAAGACGCCAAUCUCUAUGUCUGCGGAGCGACGCAGAUGGCCAUGGGUGUGGAGGAUGCCUUGGUGUCGAUCGUCGAGAAGUGCGGUAAGAUGGAGCGGCCACUUGCCGAGCAGUACAUUCGGACGCUCAAGGAGAAGAACCACUACCAGGAGGACAAGUUCGGCUAA